AUGGCGAUGCCUUGCACCACGACUGAUAUUUUCCAGUUACUCUCCUCGGCCCCAGAGGUUUUCUUAAAACCAACAACUUUCUUACAUACAGAAUGGAUAGAAGUGGCAAAGCGCUAUCUCGACCCGCUUGCAUCAGACAUCACUGAAGCUCAGAAAAGACGCCUUCAGCACACGCAUACCCGAAAAGGUGUUGUCAGAUCUCACCCAUUUCGUUCCCAAACACUACACCUGCAGGAAAUUCAUGCCAAUGGUUUUACAGUGUGCCAGAUCUGGGAACAGGCAAACAGAGUGCUUAAUGUCUCUGCGCAAGAGACCGCUCACGAGCUUGAUUUACGAAAAAAAUCAGAGGCCAACACCCUCCGUUCCAAAUCCAACUCUCAUAAAAAGGCCCAUGAGACCCAAAAUGGGGAGCAUGAUCUCGGGCUUACAUCCGAAACGGAUGAACUCUCCAACGGCUCUGUUAGUAGCGAUCUAGGUAAUAUGCUGAACGGUGAAAUUACGGAUGAGGACCGCAGUGGAAAGGAAGACUGGCCAAUAACGGAGGAUACUGAGGAUGAUGAGCAUGAUAGUCAUCAUUCUAUGUCAAUUGAUGACGACAAACGGGGUCUAGGACGAGAGAAAAGCAAAAAAUCCAUCGGCACGAGCAAUAUCCAAUUUGUUCCUGACCCGCACAAGCUCAAUGACGGAUUCUUUUCGAUCGACAAAUUCAAUGCUGAUACAACUGUAUUUGAACGGAGGGAUGCAAAGGGGAUGCGCAGCGACGAUGACAAUGACGAAGAAGCCAUUGAUUGGGGAGCUGAUCCGCUUAUUCUUGGUGUGAUUAGUGGGGAUGGUGAAGAAGAUAAUGCAGACCAGAACAGUGCUAAAGAAGACGACAGUUCAGAUUCUGCGUUUAUGGAUGAGAAUGGUGAUGCGGAUGGGGAUGAGAUGGGUUUGGUGGGUGGCAAUGCGAAUGACAUAAAAUACGCCGAUUUUUUUGAUCCCCCUCAUUCCCAUGCUCGAAAGGGACGACAGGCCUGCCCCGUGUCAAAAUCAAAAUCUCCCACUCCCGAUGAAGAUAUCGAAGCUAGUAUUUCGUCGUGCUAUUUACGAUGUACAGCGUGA